AUGCCUCCCAAGAAGACUUCCACCACCGGCACCACCACCACCAAGAAGUCCGGCUCGAGCCACGCUUCCUACCGUGAUAUGAUCAAGGAUGCUAUCCUGAAUCUGAAAGAGCGCAAUGGUAGCAGCCGCCAGUCGAUCAAGAAAUAUGUUCAGGCGAACAACAAGAUUGCUUCUGCCUCCACCAACGCCUUUGACAGCCAGUUCAACAAGGCCAUCAAGGCUGGUGUUGAGAAGGGCGAGUUCCUUCAGCCUAAGGGCCCGUCCGGACCCGUGAAGCUUGCCAAGAAGGAAGCUGCCCCCAAGCCUGCUGCUAAGAAGACUGCCACCAAGGCUGCUACUGCUAAGAAGCCUGCUGCCAAGAAGACCGAGAAGACUGAGAAGGCCGAGAAGCCCAAGACCACCAAGAAGGCCACCACCACCACUGCUAAGAAGCCUGUUGGCCGGCCCAAGGCUAACACGGCCAAGCCUCGCAAGGCCUCCACUACUGCCACCAAGAAGACCACUAAGAAGGCUGCAAAGGAGACUGCUGCUUAA